GGAUACCACGUCCCAGCCCCCACCUGCCAUCCCCAGACCAUCACUAAAUACAGGACUGUUUAUAAAGACCGCAAGGCACAGGUGGUCAAUAAUGUGGAGGUGCGGAACCCGAAGCCGGACGUGAAGAAGGUGGUGGAGACGCGCUACACGACGAUCCGCUACCCGGUGUUCAUCACGCAGGUCAUCAAGCCGCUCCUGACGCAGGUGGAGACGAAGGUGCGCCCCAUGUUCUUCACCAAGACCAUCAACCGCUACACGACCGUCAAGUUCACCGUGACGGGCAUCGGCCAGGUCACCGUCACGACCGUCAAGUACGAGAAAGAGUACGUGACGCGGUGCAUGAAGGGCUACGGACACCGGCGGGAGGCGUCGGACGGGCCCGAGGUGCGCGAGAGCGACAUCGUGCCCGUGGCCGACGUGCCCUUCGCGCCCACCUUCCGCACGCGCGUGCCCGAGCCACCGCCGGGCAUCCCCUACGAUUACGACGACGAGGAGAUCGAGCCGUCGCUGCCCACGCCGGAACGGGAGACGUCCCCCCCAGAACGUCCCUUCCUGCGCCCCAUCACCCACGGCGGCUUCAGAGGUCCUCGCCCCCGCCCCCCGCCGCCCCUCCAUCCCGUUGGACCCCCGCCCGGGCCCAGGGGAAUCCUGGGGGCCCUCUCGCAGCUGGGGACCGUGCUGACCGGAUCCUAUCGCGAGGCCGACGAGGACUCUUACCAGCCCCACGCGCCCCUGCCUCCCUUCCGGGGCUGAUGGCGAGCUGGGCGAGGGGAGGCGAGGCGAGGCGGGGCGCGGCGAACCGAGCCGAGCCGAUGGCGAGGUGAAGCGAAAUAAGAUGAUGGACGAGCGAAGCAGACGGAAGCCAAAGGAACCAUCUAUUGCCCUCACGCCUAAGGCCUCGACCGACGUCCGAGGGGCUUCCAAGUGUGUCCGCCACCCAUUUGUAUAGUGAUGUCAGGACGUGAUGUAUUGCACUCUCUUCCCCUCCCACCCGCCCGCAGAUGAGCUACGCAGUCCGAAAAAAAUCAGAAAUACUUUCACGGAAUCGUCCCAAACGCGGGAGUAAAUAAGUAAAUGAGAGAGAAGAGAGAAGAGGUAAAUGCAAAAACAAGAAGAUAAGUAAAUAAGUAAAUAAACAAAUAAUCAGAUAAAUUAAUGAGUAGAAACACAUACUAACAGGCACGUAAAUUAAAUAAAUGAAUGAAUACACAAAUUAAAAUUGAAUAAACAAAUAAACAAAGAUAGAUAGUUAAAAAGACACAAAUACAGACAGAAGUAGAUUUAAAUACAGAUAGACAGAUAGUCAAGUAAAUACACCAAUGAACAGAACUGCUAAAACGCCGGCCUAUAACUCACACCUAUCCCCCUAAAUAUACAAACAAAUAAAGCGUUUAGAGUGAUAAAGAGAAAGGAAAAAUAAGAGACAGUCGGCAAGAGAGAGAAUUGAUAACUAAUCCUUAAAGUAGACCGUUUUAGUCCUUAGUCUAUCAAACCUGGAGGCUGGUUCCUUGUCUCGCUCUCACCGUGAACUCUCUGGCACUGUCUUUUCUACGUAGACCUGGAAUGAAUGUGAAUACUUUUACUGAGUCCUGUGAUCAACGAGUGAAAGGGGCAUCCGUUCAUGUUUUGUUAUUGUUAUUUUUUUCUGUAUUUUCCUCUUUUUUUUCUUUUUUUUCUUCCGGCUGUGUGACAGCUGCAACUAUGAUCAUAGCAGCCUACACUGCUGGUUACA